AAGCCAGACGGCAUCGCCACUCGCCCAUCUCUACCAGGCAAACCCACUCCGCUCGCUCGCUCUCCUCCUCCAUGGCGGCCUUCGCCUCCGCCUCCCCCUCGCCGGCGAUAUCCGCCUCGACAUGGCGCAUGGAGUCCCUCCGCACGGCCCUCCCCGUGCUUCGUCCCUCCCCGGCGGGCAGGCUCCGGUCGUCGUUCUCGCCCGCGGCGGCGGCCACGGCGGCGUCGGUCGGCUGCCUCGGGUCCUUCUCCGGCCUCGCGCCCGUUUCGAAUCUCCUCUCCCUCGGUGCCGACAAUUCAAGCUUUGAGCAUCGAUUGUUUGGAAUUGAUGCCUGCGGAAGGAUAGUAGCAAUGCGACAUGGGAAACGUGUUCCUAAACUUAACAGACCUCCAGAUCAGAGGAAAGCACUUCUGCGUGGCCUUACCACACAGCUGCUGAAGCAUGGAAGGAUAAAGACUACGAGGCCAAGGGCAAAAGCAAUGAGGAAGUUUGUUGAGAAGAUGAUCACAUUGGCAAAGGAUGGGUCUCUUCACAAGAGGAGACAAGCUCUGGCAUUUAUUUAUGAGAAGCAUAUCGUCCAUGCAUUGUUUGCUGAGGUUGCGGACAGGUAUGGGGACAGAGAGGGGGGUUACACAAGGAUCAUCCCAACAUUUCCAAGGCGGGGAGAUAAUGCGCCUAUGGCUUACAUUGAGCUUGUCUAGGAUCUUGAUGUGGGACUCUGGACUUCUAUACAUAUUAAGUCUAGUUAGAUAAGACGGAUCCAAUUCCUCUGACUAGAGUGAAGUCAAGGGAGAACAGUAGACCUCAAUGAGAGCUACAGUUCCCUGACAUCAGUACUGUAGCGAAAGUACUGGUCAUGGAGUGCACUGUAUCUUCGGUGCUGCAGAAUUACUGUAGCACUAAGCCUGUUACAUCCAUUCACGACCCAACGGCUAAGCAAACAAUUGCAAGAGUGAAAGGAACCUUUGUAAGGAAAAAAAAAGCAGUAGUGAAGAAAAAAGGAAAUUAAUUCUGCUAGAUGGCCAUUUGAUAUAUAUCUUAUCUGUAUGCAAGAAUGAUAUUUUGCUUCGUUCAGAAAAUAGAAUGUUAUUAUGCUUUCUGCUA